AUGGGGACGAAGCUAACAGUAUUGGAUUUUACUACAACUUCCACAUAUGGCUCUCCUCUGAAUGUUACAGUUCCGGUAAUAAAUGGGUUGCAUCACUGGAGCUGUCCAAAUACUGUAGUGCACCCAUUUAUCUAUAUAUUGGUGCCUUCAUUUUAUUUUAUUAUAUUUAUCAUUGGCUUGGUAGGCAAUGGUAUGGUAAUGGCUAUAAUGUGUUACCUUCAUCUAAAAUCUGUGACUGAUGUUUAUAUAUUUAAUUUGGCUCUGGCAGAUUUCUUAUUUGUGGCCACUUUACCUCUUUGGGCUAUAAGCAUGUGGUUUCACUACAAAUGGCUAUUUGGAUCUGUUAUGUGCAUAAUCUGUGCUGUGUUAGCAGCACUUAAUAUGUAUGCUAGUAUCUUCUUUAUUACAUGCAUGAGUAUUGACCGCUACCAUGGAAUAGUUCAAACAAUGAAGUCAUUAAAAACAAGAAGAGUUGGAUAUGCCAAAAAGCUAUCUGUUUUUAUUUGGUUCCUAGCAUUUCUUGCAAGUAUACCAACCAUCAUAUUCCGAAGGAAUGAUUACUCAGAGUUAAAGAAAACCUUCAGAUGCACCAUGAGAUAUCCAGAGAAUGCCAGUGCAGAAUGGGGCGCUGGCAUGGAGCUGAUGAAAAACACACUUGGCUUUAUUAUCCCAUUUCUGCUCCAAGGAGUCUGCUAUUUUCUGAUUUAUAAAAAUUUGCACAUUGAUACAAGAAAUUCAAUCAGAAAGAGAAGACAGAGCAAGGCACUUAGAAUGGUGAUAUCUGUUGUCCUGGCUUUUCUUUUAUGCUGGCUGCCAUUUCAGGUGAUCACUUUCAUCAGGGUUUUGAUGCAACUGAAGGUCAUUACUGACUGCAGAACCAUUGGCAAUGUGCAAACAGCUUUGCCCAUAACAAUUUCCAUAGCAUAUGCUAACAGCUGUAUUAACCCCAUUCUUUACUGCUUUGUUGGCGGACGCUUUAAAAAUUUUCUCCUUAAAGUGUUUCGAAGAAGGAAUUCAAAAGAAAGUUAUAAUGAAUCAAGCUCCAGGUUUCUUGGACAGAAUGGAAGCACUCACACAGAGCUCGAAGACUGUUUCUAG